CCCAACCCUUCAAAUCCUAACUUUGAAUUUGAUUAAUUCCGGAAAGUGUAUAUGUCAGGUACCAUCCGCUUGAACUAACUAGAAGGUUUUAUUCGACAACCUCAGCACGCUUGUUUAUAUGCUGUUCUGCCCGACAUGUGCUAAUCUGCUCGUCAUAUCCUCGGAAACAGGGUACAAUAAAUGGGCGUGCAAUUCGUGUCCAUACGAGUUUCCGAUUUCGAAGCAGAUGACUUCCCGCUCGCGUAUGAAACGCAAGGAAGUAGACGAUGUGCUCGGAGGAGAGGAAACGUGGCGAGAUGCUGAUUCUACCAUAGUCACUUGUGACAAGUGCAGUCAUCCCCGCGCAUAUUUCUAUCAGUUGCAGAUCCGAUCUGCGGAUGAGCCCAUGACGACAUGUAUGUGCUUCAUCUCAACUGAAUUUGUGAAACUUGGCGCUGAUCCAUUGCUUCGUGGGAUCAGUUUACAGGUCAGUGUUAGUACUGGCAUCUAUGAUAGCCAGUUUGAUGAUCGAAUUCCAGAUGCGCCGGGUGUGCUGGCACUUUACGGUUCUGCUAUGUACAUCAAAAUGUUCUUGCCAAGCCUCCGGCAUCCCCAGUCACGUCGGAGCCCCGCCCAUACUCCCAUUAGUUCACCUCCGAAUUAUUGCACCUGGGAUUUUAGUGUGGCACAGUGCUCGCUUCAUCCCAGGCCUGCCACGGUUGUUCACGCUAACAACACGCUCGCCCGUUCCUACCAAAAUCUCCCCCAAGCCCACCACCUGAAAGCCCGGCGCAUCAUCAUGUUUCAAAUUUUCGCCCUUCCGGCAGCCGAUGGCUGUCAUCAUGCCAACUUAAGCAUGGUGAACGAAUACUACUGCGACCGCUGGAAUAGGUGAGAAACUUACCACUGGCGGCCGCGAGUGACGACGGCAGGCUUUCCACUUUGUCUGACAGAAGUGGGAAGGCUGUACGUCGUAGGCCGCCGCAUCCUCCUAUAUCUAUGAAUAUCAUAAAUCGCUUUAAUGAUCUGGAAAUCGAUGGAGUAGUCGGUGUAUGUCUGUCUGAAAUUCACGAGGCUUCCCGUGAAGUGAGUUGAACCAAACGAAGUACGUCCAAAGCCGACCAAUUUUUAGAUCCAGACUUAAGUUGGUGUGAUACAGUGUGCUUUCAUGUGAAAGCGAACGAAAAGGCACAAGUCCGAGUC